UCUUCAGUGUUCUGUCUAGGAGCUUGAUGGUUCUCAUAGGCAAAGCAAACAGGACACCAGUCUCUGAGCCCUGGUGUCUGUUCAGUAUCUAGUGCACCUCACGGUGAUAGAAGGUCCACACCGCACUGUACAUAUAGUGGGAAGGGCUCUUCCAGCAGGCUCGGAAGACAGGAGCAGUGCAGUCAGAGUGACCUCUUAGGAUGGGAGCCUGAUGAAGGGGAGGCCUAAGUCCAGACCCCCGUCUCCGUCCAACCACUGUGCUGUCUUUUGAGACUGAAGUUUGCAUUCCAACCUCUGGAGACGUCUGUGUACACACACCUUAUGCCAUAGCUCACAAGAGAGCAGUAACGGGUGGAAUGUGGGCGUUGUGACUUGCUUCUGCUAUUGAUCCUGCAUUCCAAUAUAUGGCUGCAGAAGAUGUCAAUGUUACUUUUGAAGAUCAACAGAAAAUAAACAAAUUUGCUCGAAAUACGAGUCGGAUCACAGAGCUAAAGGAGGAGAUAGGAGUGAAGAAGAAACACCUCCAGAAUUUAGAAGAUGCUUGCGAUGACAUCAUGCUGGCAGAUGACGACUGCUUCAUGAUCCCGUACCAGAUCGGAGAUGUUUUCAUUAGCCACUCUCAAGAAGAAACCCAAGAAAUGUUAGAAGAAGCAAAGAAAACUUUGCAAGACGAGAUCGACGCCUUAGAGUCCAGAGUGGCAUCCAUCCAGCGGGUAUUAGCCGACCUGAAAGUGCAGUUAUACGCAAAAUUUGGCAGCAACAUAAACCUUGAGGCAGAUGAAAGCUAAACAUUUUAUAAUACUUUUUUUUUACCUUGUUUAAUAAACUUGAAUAUUGUCUUAAA